ACUCAAGUUAAGCAAAAAAAGGAAGAAACAUGUGAAGAAAUUCUUCUAUAAUAGGGACCAAAGUAUUAGCCUAGCUUCAUAGAUCAAACUUCUUGGCCUGCCUCUCUUCUCCGUCUCUAUAAAUUUUUUGAUUCCUCAAAAUCUCUCUCACACCCAAAACCAUUAAAUUUGAAAUCGCUCUUUCUCUGUUUCUCUCUGUUUCUUUUGUCUGUGAUGGAAAGUGUUAGAAAAAGUAUAAUUAGAAACUGCAAUAACAAUAAUAAUCAUAAUGCAUCAGCAGAAAAUGAGGUAAGAAGAGGCCCCUGGACCAUUGAUGAAGACACACUCCUCACUCACUACAUUGCUUGUCAUGGUGAAGGUCAUUGGAACAAUUUAGCCAAAUAUGCAGGCCUCAAGAGAACAGGAAAAAGCUGCAGAUUGAGAUGGCUAAACUACUUAAAACCAGACAUCAAGCGUGGGAAUUUCACCCCUCAAGAACAGCUCCUCAUCCUUGAACUCCAUUCCAAGUGGGGCAACCGAUGGUCAAAGAUUGCACAACAACUACCAGGAAGAACAGACAACGAGAUAAAGAAUUAUUGGAGAACAAGGGUAGAGAAACAAGCAAAACAGCUAAACAUAGAAUCAAACAGCAAGAAAUUCUUGGAGACAGUUCGUGAUUUGUGGAUUCCAAGGUUGCUUCAAAAAAUGGACCAAAAAUCAUCAUCACCAAACUCCUCAAACUAUAGCCCUCCUCCAUCUUUAGAAGAAACUUUUUAUCAAAACUCAUGUGGUUCAUCCUCAUCAGAAGCCACCAUUGAAGCCAAACAGACCUCAAUUCAGAGCUGUGGAGGUUAUUAUCAAUGGCCAGAAUCAUCUGAAAGGGCUUCAGAAGAGUUUGGGAAUAAUUCUGAUGUGCAGCCACUGAAUAAUAACAAUAAUGGUGAGUUCCUUCACGUGGACCAAUUACAAAUACAAUUACAACACCCAUUUUCUUUGUUGGGUGCUACCUGUGGAGGUGCAGAGUUUGAUGGCCAAAUGGCUGCAUCUGAUUGGGUGUUGCAAGAUGAUAAGUCGGAGAGCUUGUGGAAUUUCUAAAAGAGUAAAUUAAGACUACAAUUCAAGAUGCACCCAAAUAAUUAGGUCGUAGAAAUCUUUUUUCAAGUUGUAAGGACGUUCAUGUUUUGGACGGAGUUAAUUAUUUUUAUUAACUUCUGAUUAGUUAGCGGAUUGUUUAAAAACUCAAAUUUGUGCUAAAAUUUGAAACUUAAUUAUUAUAUAUGAUAUGUUAUGUAAAAUGUAUACUGUUUCUUUAGUUCUAAUCACAUUCUUGACGAUUUCUAGCA